UCUCUCUCCUAGGGACGUGAAGGCUCUAUACGGAGUGAACAGUGAAGAUUCUCUCUCUCUCUCGCUCUCCGUGCCUGUCUUUCUGACAAAACACAAUUAACUGAAAUCGAGUUUUCAGAUUAGCGAGAAACGAGCACGAGAAUGGCGAGCAUUCGGAUCGCCCGCACUGCCGAGAGAGUAACCGGAGUGGGAGGAUCGAUCCGGAGCCUGAGUUUCAUCUUCCGACUCUUGGCCUCUGCCAUCGCCAUCGCUCUCUGCCUCUUCUUCACUCUCUCUUUCCUCUUCACUUCCCGCACCGACGACAACACUGCCGACCUCCACCACUUCGGUUUCGGUUCUGGUUCAUAUGGAUUUGGAAUUACGAGAAGAUCCGUACUCGCCCUCAAGUCGGACCCUCUCAAGCCCCGGCUGGAUCAGAUCCGGAAGCAAGCGGACGAUCACCGGUCCUUGGCUCUGGCUUACGCCUCCUAUGCGCGGAAGCUCAAGCUCGAGAACUCCAAGCUCGUUAGAGUUUUCGCCGAUCUCUCCCAAAACUACACCGAUCUCCUCAACAAGCCCUCGUAUCGUGCUCUCUCCGAAUCCGACGCACUCUACCCUGACGAGUCGGUUCUAAGGCAAUUCGAGAAGGAAGUGAAGGAGCGAAUUAAAGUGACGAGACAAGUGAUUGCGGAAGCGAAGGAGUCGUUUGAUAAUCAAUUGAAGAUUCAGAAGUUGAAGGAUACGAUUUUUGCGGUGAAUGAGCAAUUAACAAAGGCUAAGAAGCAAGGAGCUUUCUCAAGCUUGAUAGCUGCAAAAUCAAUCCCAAAAAGCUUGCAUUGUCUUGCAAUGCGGUUGAUGGAAGAGCGAAUUGCUAAUCCAGAUAAGUAUUCGGAUGAGGGAAAGCCAACUCUACCGGCGUUUGAGGAUCCAAAGCUUUACCAUUAUGCAAUUUUCUCGGAUAAUGUGAUUGCAGCAUCAGUGGUGGUCAAUUCGGCAGUGAAGAACUCAAAGGAGCCGUGGAAGCAUGUUUUCCAUGUUGUGACUGAUAAGAUGAAUCUUGGGGCAAUGCAAGUUAUGUUCAAAUUGAAGGACUAUAAUGGAGCGCAUGUUGAAGUGAAGGCAGUUGAGGAUUACAAGUUCUUGAAUUCUUCAUACGUGCCGGUGCUUCGACAGUUGGAGUCUUCAAAUUUACAGAGGUUUUACUUUGAGAAUAAGCUUGAGAAUGCAACAAAGGACACCACGAACAUGAAGUUUAGGAACCCAAAGUAUUUGUCCAUUUUGAAUCAUUUGAGAUUUUAUUUGCCUGAAAUGUACCCAAAAUUGCAUAGGAUUUUGUUUUUGGAUGAUGAUAUAGUGGUUCAGAGGGACUUGACAGGGUUGUGGAAGAUAGAUAUGGAUGGGAAGGUGAAUGGGGCGGUCGAGACGUGUUUUGGGUCAUUCCAUCGCUAUGCACAGUACAUGAAUUUCUCCCACCCCUUGAUUAAGGCGAGGUUUAACCCCAAAGCUUGCGCGUGGGCGUAUGGAAUGAACUUCUUCGACUUGGAUGCUUGGAGGAGGGAGAAGUGCACGGAAGAGUACCAUUACUGGCAGAAUCUGAAUGAGAACCGCACCUUGUGGAAAUUAGGCACAUUGCCCCCAGGUCUAAUUACAUAUUACUCAACAACGAAGCCUCUGGAUAAAUCAUGGCAUGUUUUGGGACUUGGUUAUAACCCAAGCAUCAGCAUGGAUGAGAUCCGUAAUGCCGCGGUGGUACACUUUAACGGAAAUAUGAAGCCGUGGCUUGACAUUGCAAUGAAUCAGUUUCGGCCACUUUGGACAAAGUAUGUUGACUAUGAUUUGGAGUUUGUCCAGGCUUGUAAUUUCGGUCUCUAAACAAGGAGCCAUACUCGAAGCCUCUCCAAGGAAUUUGGGUAUGCUUAUUUAGCCGCAAGCAUCCAUGCCAUAGUCCUGUUGCCAUCGCUUAUACAUUAACCAAGUCAUCUUAUUUAAUACUGAAGAAAAUUUCUUCUGUUCAAGUGUAAAAUGCUGCUUAGUUGUAUCAGCUUUAGAUUCUUCUCUAAUUUGUUCAUACAAGAAGCUUGUUGGGUUAUCUUUACAAUUUUCAAAUUUCCAUUUGCUCUUUAUUUUACCUGUUGUUAAACAUAAAUCUAUUUAUAAAAAAUCAGAGCCUGUGAAAGUUGUAAGUUGGGUGCA